GUCGACGUUCAGAACACUGUCGCUGUCUAAUUUUUCAAGAACUACGGAUUCGAAAUUGUAGAUGCAUCGUUCGAUUUUGCUUUAGCAGCUGUUAUACUAACUGGGCUAUAGAAAAAAGCCACUCAUUUAUUCUGUGUGCAGCUCUUCUCUUCUAGAAGAACAAAUCAGCAGCUAACUUUUUUUUCAACUUGAAGAGUGUCAUCCUGCUCUUGAACGCAUUUUUGCAGCGACCUGGUUUUUGUUACCGUGCAUGUGCAUGAAAAUUUGUUCGAAAACAAAUUUUGUGUCGCGCUUCUCUUCACAAUUAAUAAAUCAAAAACGCAUUUUACAAUUUUAUAUAUUUCGGCACCACAAACUUCUUGACUUGCUUGGGACUCAACAGAAGUGUUGAUCGACGAAACAGGGACAUCACGAAUCGUGAAUCCCCUUCCUCGCCGUCAACAUGUUGCGGCACAGGAGCCAGCCACCCGUCCUUGGCGGUAAUGAGAUGGGGAACCUGACCGGCUUGGCGCAACGAGCUACAGUCAAGGCAGUCAUGUUUUUCUGGGUUCUUACCGCGCCCGCUCUACAACUCGUCUUGCCAACGGGGGGAGCCAGCGCUAGCGCUAGAGCCUCAGCAUCAAGUACUACAGCAUCUUCCCCAAAGAACCUGCCUUCAACUCCCCCAGCGCAUCCGGGAGGUCCGGCGCUUCGGGUUCCACAACUAGCAGGAGGUACUGCUAGAGGCGUGUCUGGGAAGAUGAAAAAGACCUCCGCCGCCGCAGUUUCCGCAAUGGCUGAACAAGAUCAAGCGGCGCCAGCUGUAGAUGACUUCCCGGAGCUUAGUGGUGUCACUCGCGAUGGUACAACUUCAAACACUAGUAAAUCGAAGCCCAAAAGGAAGCGGAAGCGUAAUAAAGGGGCCGCCCAACAAGGAGCGAAUGCGCAAGGGCCGGUGCCUGUAGACCCUGCACCAGCUUGUUCUGGAUGUGCACAGAACAAGCUCCUUGAAGUAGUACCCGAUACAGGAAGUUGCAAAAGCCCCGGCGACUCCUGCGGAGAUAAAGACUCAACACUCGAGCAGAGUACACAACAUUCGCCGGACAUUUUCGCGGAGAAGUCGUCUGCUGUUGAAGGGCGAAGACAUAGGGUCAAAGAAGAAAUAGGACAUCAGCCUGAAGACCACGAUCAACGGUUUCAAGCCGAGUUUCAGGGGAUGACAAGUGUAGUUGAUGGUGGCGGCGCUCCUGCAUCGACAAAGCAGGACAACUCAGUAACAGUAGAAGACGGUGGCUCGUCUGCUGCAUCUGCUCCUCCAACGGCACCGCUGGACCACAAGCGUCCGGCACAAUUAUUAGAAGACCACGAGGAAGCUCUGCAGUUGCCCGACGUGGACCAUGAAAUAAAUAUGUGCCGCUUGCAGACCCCGGAGAGCAACACGUGGGGGCACCACCCUGGGUUGAAGAAUUAUUUCCCCAAUCUGCAAUUUUUGUUUCAACACAAUUUCGCCUUUCUUCAAGAUCCAUCUCGACAAGCGCAUGACUUAGGAGUAGGAGCAGAACACGCGGCCUCUCGAGCUGAUGCAGCAGGUUGUUCUGGUGCGGCUCAGGCUAGUAGUACCUCUCCGGAGCAAGCGCGGCAACCUCCAGGAACCGUUAACCUAACAGCCCUUCUGGAGGCCGAGGCAGAACAACAACAACAGCAGCAGCAAGAGUGGGCUUCACAAGAAGACGGGGCACCUGCUCCAGCUCCACCAGCAUGGGUCCAUGAUAGACCUGGUUUUACUUUUCAGCAAGAAGCGGACAGUAGGAGAGAGCAGCCUGCUCAAGGUGCUGUUGCGCCGAACCCCAGCUCUAGCACCCUCGAGGAAACGCAGUCACAAAACGCGUUUUCUUAUCCACUGCAAAUAUCAAUAGCAAUAGCUUCGAUCUGAGUUGUCUGGAGCAUACUACUUGUGAUGCAGCUGGUUGAUGGAGGGGAAAUUGAAAUGCAACCGUGCUAGUACAGAGCGUGACAAGUUUUCGAGGGCCUAUCCUAGAAAAAUGACGGCAUGACACACGAGACAGAAAGCUUUUAAGUUUCCUUUUGGGUAAAGAACGUGCAUGACAAACAUUCGAGUCGGAGUCUGAGUCACAAGGCGACCAUGAGAAACGACGAUCUUCUCGAACAAGUCAUUCUUCCACGACAGUCCAGAUCAUCUUCGAAGCAGAUAUUUGCAAAAUGCAUAUUUCUGCAGUGUCUACGUUGUUGCAGAGUAAAAACUUGGAAGUCGAACGACUGCAGCGACAGCUGGAAGCCAAAGAUCAGCAACUGACGGAGGCGUUCGCUUGGAUUCAAGAGUUGCAAGCGAAAAAUGACGAGUUACAAAAAACCAGAACCGCUUUGCGAACCCAAAAUGACGAAUUGCAUAAGACACGAACCGUUUUGCGAACCAUGUUGGAACAGGCAGAAUGCAGGGCGGCGCAAGCGCAGAACGCCAUGACAGUGCGGGCGCACGAAGCGCGGCUGGCAAUGUUCCAGAAAUACAAGAUGGAGACGUGGAAGAAGCAGAUGAAGAACGCUUCAUCUGCAGCUGCUCGUCCAGCCGGUCCUGAGAAUGAACAACAAACCCAAGCCUCUGCUUCUGCAACCGAAAAUGCGGAAGCUUCGCUCGCAAACGCUAGUACUUCUGCUACUGGCGCUGUCAAAAAACCUGCCAGCAACGGGAAAGCUGCACCGACAGCUGUCGCGCCGGCAGAGGACGAGAUGAAGACGCAGCGUCCUACUCUGCCGACCCGGGCUGGCGCUGGACCUGCUGUGCCUUUGUACGGUGCUCGAAGCAAACGUGGACGAAGAAAGGUUGCCUCUUCGGGAGAGGCCGCCAGUGGAACAAGCGCGGGCGGAGCUAGCAGUGCAGAAACCCCAGAGGCAGCAGCUGGAGCUACAGUGGAGGCAAGUGGGGCAGAUGCAGGUAGUACUAGUACAGCUGCUGCGGCACGCCCGCCUUUGCAACUCGGCACCACCACCGGCAGUCUGUGGCGGGCAGACCAACGACCGUCGAAAAUUGAAACGAAGAGACGGGACCGCAACCAACUUCACCACGCCGGUUCUGCGAUUGAUGUGGAAAAAGGAAAAGCAGAGGCUGCAAACGAAAAAAAGCCCGCUAGUAGCACAAGAACCCGAGAUCGUGGCGCUUUGUCUUUGUCUCCCCGCGAGGUGACUACGAAAGGGAAAGAUGGCACUGGAUCUACUACCGCCACAUCGGUACUAUCUGGUCGUGGGAGCGGAUUGCUGAGGCGAAACAGUGCCAGUUUCAACCUGCCAGGAGACCGAACUUCUGAAUUUUUAUCUGUGGGCAAUAGUGUAGUUGUUGGUGACCCUGCUGUAUCGCAAGAAAAAAGUGUUACAGUUACACAUUGUGUUGCAGGCCAAGCAAGACAGACAAGCUCUGUCAUGCCGGAUACGCAUAGGAGCCUCGUUUCAUAGGUGUUUUCCCGUAGGAUUUCUGCAUUACAAGUUUUCUCUCUCAUGCAGAGAAAUUUGUGUUGCUGAAGUGACUACAAAUGUGUAACUGUAACGCUUUUUUCUUGUGAUAUGCUCCUGCUGCAGCUUAUUUCAACCAAUUCACAUCACAAUUUUCUCCACCUAUGGGACCUAGUACAUGUACAGCUGCGCCAGUCGCAUUUUACCUGCCUCCGGGAGCUCCGCCCAAUAUAGAUCAACAACAAUUUCAGCAGCAGGCUCCGAGCCGUACAGGGACGCCGGAUUUGCUAACCGCGCCUACGUAUCAGGGUCCUUUCAUCGCUGGACAGCCUUACCCUACUUAUCCCUGCGUGCAACAUCCGCAGCACAAUCAUAAUCUUCAACAGCAGGUAAAUGUCGGGAUCGGGCCGACCAGCGGGGGCGCUGUGAUUCCUCCGUUUCAAGUAGAGCAGCUACCAAGCCGGCCGGGAAGUCCGGGGCAAAUCGAAUUUGAUAACCGAAUGGGAAUGCAGCAUCACGCGGGCGGGUCGUCGUCCUACAUGCAUGUGCCGGUGGUUCGCCUCCCACCUGCAAUGUCAUCUGGAGCUGGAGGCGUGUACACGACCAAUUCGAAUUCGCCACCGAAUCAGCCGAUGGACUUGUCUACUAGCGGGAUUGCUGUUGAACCGCUAGUCCCUGGUUUACAGCAUCAGCACCUGAUAGCGCCGGUGCCGCUGCGGGGCGUAGUUGACCCAACGGAUAGCAUGCAAAUGGUCCACCAAGAAGGUGGUGUGCACGGCACGAAAUCUUCUGCCUCAUGCCAACACGCUGUGGGCGGUCCAUCACCAUCAAGCGGGGGAUCGACUACGUAUGCAUUGCAAAUAUGUCUGGGUCUGGAAACUUGUGAUGCUAGGUGGCGUAUCAUGAGGAGGGCACAACUGCUAGCGCAGCAUGGCAAGUUUCUGAGCUUCUAGGUCUUGCCUUUUCUGCAUGACAAACUGUUUCUGCAUGACAGAAAUUUGGGGCUCUUUGGUAAUGUGCAUGACAGAUUUAAGAGUUAUGCCAGACAAGCAUGACAAACAUGCAUUCUUCCCGACCCAGACACUUUUACAUUUGAUACCACGCCAGCACGUACAACUCCGAGCCCUGACUUCGCUCUCGCAGGAGCCACCGCGGGGAGUCCUACGACUGUGAGUCAACAUCAAAGCCCACAUGCACAUUGGGGUACAAGUUCUAGUAGCACUAACAACAAAAAAUCUACUCUCACCCAACCACCAACGCCGCCGCCUAUGCACCCGGCACCAACAUUUUUGCCAUCGACAAGUGCUGGGCCGCCUUCAGGUGGGACUGGGAGAAUAGAUCAGUAUCAAACAUCUGAAGAACCACACCUCUCUCCGUACGAGGCGACCAGGAGGUCGAAGCAAGUGCCACUGCUUUUGGACGUUCUGCUGCGCGAAAAAAGCGGGAACGCAGACGAGGCCGCAGCUACCGAGGCCGAGAUAGAGGCGCAGCAAAGCAAAAUCUUUGCGGCCGUGGGAAUGCCGCAGCUGCAACCGCCCGGCGGGAGCAGCGGGCGCAUUGAUCAUGAGCAUUUGUUGUCCGACAUUGAUUGAUCACGCCGACGGUAAAAAUACACGAAGGGAGGAAGAAAGAGAAACGAAGGAACAACUGCUACAACGAACGCAACAAUUUUGAAGUGCUCGAAAUAUGGUGCAAACGUAUAUUUCAAUUUUUUCCUUUAAGCGAUAGCGAAUGGAUGCGAUGGGGCCACCUCCACUGCUUGCAGUGUAGUUGGAAUAGGCUACGCAGACUUAUUGUUAUUGGCAUGCAAAAGCAAAGACCAAGAUCGAAAGAACAACAUGAACAUGCACCUGGAACCAUUCACACCAACUCCAACUACAUUUUCUUACCGAUAUUCCACAUCAGACUAUCUUAUGGUGAAAAGAAAAUACAAAACGAAAACACAUAAAAAAAUACUGUUUCUGACCGGGAACAGGAGGAAAUAGUACAGACCUCGGAAUUCAAG